AUGUUCGACGUUCUCUGGACUGAUCCCAACAGGGAGCUGGUGGGUGAGCGGAUGGUAAGAAAAGAGCAAGAAGCCAAGAUGAAAGACAAAGAGAAAAAGCAAAAGCCUGAAAAUGGUCGUCGGUCUAUCUCAACUGAAAGCUCAACUUCUAGCGACCGUGGGUUUGGGAUCUUUUCUACUAGAAGCCGAAGGAAGGCCCCGGCGUCACCUAGACCAAAGGACCGGACCGCAUCGCCCGCUACUCCCGCUCGUAGCAUCAAUAGGACAAACCGAGCAUCAGCUUACGCUGUUAAGAAUUUGCUUAUCCAUCAAGAUGAAUCGGAAAUUACUGUAAAACCUGCCGAGAGAGACUAUCUCCCUGCACAGGUUUCGGAAGCAGCCGAGGUCUCUAAUUCUACGUUGUCAAGAUGGACGGAUCCAUCUGCUAUUACCAACAGCACUGGCGUCGGAGCCUCCCUGAGUGAUGCCACUGCAGGUAUAAAGUCGGAGUACUUAAUUCAAACCCUGGGUCCAUCUUCGUUCAUUACAAGAACCACCGAAGUCAUGUACUCGCCUCGUGAUCCAGACGCAGACAUCGACCCGUUAGUUUCCGAAGUCCAUAUUUCAGCUAGUCGAGCGAAGGUCACAACACCACCGAUAACGGAUUUCCCAGAGAGAACUAAUUCUAUAGCGUUUGACGAUCCUGGCUCUACAGGUCAAUCCUCUGCAUCGCCACAUACGCCACCUCCAGUCGAGUUCCAGAAUAAUAGCGUCAUAUAUACUCCAGGAUGGAAUGGUACAGAUAGACUAGGAAAUCCAGACGCCUGGAAACCUCCGCAUGAAUGGGAGUGCACUCCGAAUAGACAGUUGGCAACUCAUUCUGAUGAGGAAGGGCUGCAUAAUUCAUUGAUCAGUGACGAUUCUGAACGAUGUAUGUCCCCGAGCCUCGCGGCGCUUCAACGCGAGGUCCGGAUGAUGGCCGCGGCAACCCCGGAGCUUAUGCUUGCCAAUAUUAAAUCUAGCAUGGGCUAUUCCUCGGAUGCGACCGUUUACAAAGAGCUUGAAAUGGCUAAGAAACGUUGGAUGUUCUCUGCUCUUCAACACGAGGGUUACGUUCCGCUUGUGGACUGCGCAGAUAGCUGCCCCGGAAGUUUAGAUUCGUCAAAGCCCUAUAGACCUCCUAGGAUCCUCGCACUCUACGAAACUCAAGCAUCUGCUUCGUUUCUUGCUGCUAUGCAUCCACAGGCCUUGAUAUCACACUUAUCGCCAAAACCGAUAUCGCCGAAUCUAUUUCCUAACGUCCAGCCGUUACUCGUGCCGGUAAUAUCUGCUUCGGCAGGCUCUCGACCGCUUGCUCCACAGUUGUAUUCAACCGUAACCUGUCUACCCAUGCCUGCGUUGUUUCCUUCGAGCGAGAUACCCCCACUUCUCCGUCACAUUUACCGCUGCCUCACACCCGGCGGCGCUUUACACUUGACCCUUAUAGACCCUCAACCUGUCUCAUCUUCGAUGGGCCCCAAACUGCGACAGUGGCUAUUUGAGAAUCUCUUGAUACAACUCGAGAAGAAGUGCCGUACUACGUUACCAAGUGAUACGUUUCCCGCCUGGCUAGCUGUUGCGAAACUUCGUGGAUUCGGCAGCACUAUUACAACCAUUUCUGUACGUGCCGUACACGAGGGCGCUGCUACGACAGAAGACACGAAUGAUCAAACAUCGGUAGAAAACGAGCUACGAUGUCUCGUCUCAAGGAUGUUGUGGCAAGAGAUAUGGGGAAAGUUCGUCCACGCCGACCGAUGGUGGUGGGAAGAGGAAGACAUCGUACAGGAAUGCAUCGAAAGGGGAACUUACUGGCAGUACUCCCACAUCGUGGCAGUCAAGAACAAUAGGCAGUCAUCUUAG